UUUUCCUGAACUUUCUCACAAAAUCCAUCUCUACCAACAAAUUUAUAUCAUCCAAAAAUCUCUAUCAGCAAAUCUCUGUCAUCAAAAAUCAACAAGCAGCUCUAUCAACAAACUUUAUCAGCCUGUUCAUGUUCUCUUCACUUUCAAAUUAGGAGUGAAUGAUUAUCAGGGACAAAUAUUCUAUAUCGACGGUCAACUUUCCUUGAUAAAUAAAGACCAACAUUUCUGCUCCAUGGCGUGCUCGGAUUGUAAAAUGUCAUUUUUAAGAACUGCUUCACCAAGGCCAAUCUACUGUAUCCAAUGCGAAAGAUCCACUCAACUUAUUCCCAGAAUCCAAUUUGAAGUUAAGGUCACGGAUCACACUGGUAGCACAGUAGCCUCCAUCUCGGAUCAAUCAGCAACAAAGAUGUUGAACCUCACUAUACAAGAGAUUUAUGACAUCUGUCAUGCACAGAGAAAAACACUACUUCUUGACAAUGCGCAUAAACAAUUAGGAUCAAAGACUUUCAGAAUCCAAAUGAAAAGAUUAUUUUCCAAAAAUCAAGACAGGCUAGCUAUCACAAAUUAUGAGGAAAAAGAGCCUACCAACCAACCAUUACCAACUGCACCAAUGACCAACACUGUUGAAGCAAGCAAGCGCAAGGCUAUGGACAUUGGCUUUGACCGAACACAUCAGCAGAACCUGCCCACCAAAGACAGACCUUCCAGCACUAGACAGAAGACAGAAAGCAAGACUUCUCUCAAAAGGGAGUGAAAGCUACUGGAAAUGUUUUGCCAACAAAUUUUUGGAGCACAUCUUUUUGCCAAUGCACUGUCAAACUAUUAUCUUUUUGCCGUAAGACUGCCUUUUUGAAAAGCUACAUCAACCAUAUGUGACGCCCCAUACUUUAAAAAGGUAUUUUGUCAACCAUGGCGUCCACAGCUACAACAUGCAUGAUUGCUACUAAAAAAUACUUUUUCUGUAAAUAUGUGCUAUAAAUGAUGUACAUAUGACAGUGCAACUUAUUGUAGUUGUCUUAUACUAUCUUACCGUAUUACUUACGAUAAUCUUCUUACUGUUGGAUGUUUUAAAUCAUCACUCUUAAUUAAUGUCAAAAUUUCCAUGUUUCUUAAAUAUCUUCAAGAAAGUAAGUAAUCUUAAUAUAUGACCUCCUCCCUAGAUAACUUGUAUUUUGUAUGAUCUGAUUAAGGAGAAUAUAUUUGUCAAAAAGAGUUGUUGCCAGGUUGAUCAAGAAAGUAGUGUGCAACACACUUGAGUAUGAUGGAUCAUCUAAAUUGAGGAUAAUGCCAGUUUGUUGUACAGGCCCAUACAUUGAUUUAGUUCCAUAGCAACAAGAUCACUCAACCGUAAUGUUGAUUCUUUUUUUUAAGUCUAAGGUCUGUUUCAGUUUUGUAAAUGUACUAUCUUCCACAGUUUCUCAAACAAGCAAAUUAUAAAGAACGGGCACAGUUUGUGCCUUUGCGUAUC